AUGUCUGGUGAGGGGACAGGGGAAGCCGACGACGAUGGCUUCCCCGACAGGGGUCCGGUCGUGUUCGCCGUGACGACGGCGACGCUGGCCCUCUCGACCGUGUUCGUCGCCGCCCGCAUGGUGUCCCGCGUCGGCAUCGUCCGCCGGACCGCCUGGGACGACUACAUGAUCGUGCUGGCCUGGCUCAUCGCCGUGUUUCUGAGUGUGAGUAUCGACCUGGGCACCACGCACGGCCUGGGGAGGCAUGAUGAAGAUAUCGAACCCGACAAGGAGGCCGGUUUGAGGAUGGCUGAAUAUGUCUUUUCUAUCCUCUACAACCCGGCCUUGAUGGCGACCAAAACGUCCAUUCUCAUCUUCUACCUGCGUCUGUCCAAGAAUACGCUGAAGGUCCUCCGCCUGGCAUCGUGGGCCGUCCUGGGCAUCGUCAACGUUGCCGGGACCAUCCUGACCUUCAUGAACAUCUUCCAAUGCCACCCGACCGAUGCGGCCUGGGACCUCAGCGUGAAGGCCGCCCGUUGCAUCCCGCUGCUCACCGAGUUCAUCUGCUCGGCCCCGGUCAACAUCACCACCGACCUCGCCAUCCUCGCCCUGCCCAUCCCCGUCCUCACCGGCAUGCGGCUGCCCCCGCGCCAAAAGGCGAUCCUGGUCAUGACCUUCGCGCUCGGCAUCUUCGUGACCAUCGUCGACGUCGUCCGCAUCUACUACCUCCAGCGAGCCAUCGACCACAUCCCGACGACCGCCUCGACCGACCCCAUGGCCAGCUUCGGCCGCAGCGCCGGCUUCUCGUGGAACGCCUCCCUCUCGCUGAUGUGGUCGGCCGUUGAGGUCAACGUGGGCAUCAUCUGCGCCUGCAUCCCGACCCUCAAACCACUCAUCAUCCGCAUCCUGCCGGCCAUGCUCGUCGACCCGGACGGCACCCUGCGCAGCAGCACCCGCGCCACCGGCACCAGCAGCAGCACCAGCACCAGCAAGGACGAGCACCAGCGCCGCGGCGGCGCGUCCAUCGGCGCCAUGCUCGCCAGCACCGGCCUCGCCCCCCCAGCACCCACCCUCUCCCUCACCCCGCCCGCCGCCGACAACGACGCGCCCACCCCCGCCUCCGCCUCGGACGACAUCUCCAUCCGCGACUUCCUCUCCACCACCACCCCUCCCAUCCCCACCACCAGCAGUAGCACCACCACCCCCGACCUCACCCGCCGCAGCAACUCCCACCGCAGCUCCCUCCACCACCACCACCACCACCACCACGCCCCCACCUUCAUCACCCUCCGCCGCCCCGAAAACCUCCUCACCACCACCCCGCGCGAAUCCCUCCGCUACAACGCCUUCGCCAGCAUCCUCUUCUUCCUCUGGGGCUUCUCGUACGGCCUGCUCAACACGCUCAACGGCGCGGUGGCCGUGGUGGCACACAUUUCGCGCGCACAGGUGCUCAGCCUGACGGCGGUGUAUUUCGGCGGCGGGUAUUUGUUGGGGCCGUUGGUGGUCGGGGGGUGGUUGCUCAGGCAUGAUGAACAUCAUCGGACGAGGAGGGGGGGGGAUGGUGGAAAUGGGGGGGAUAGGGAGAGGAGGCGGAAGAGGGCGAGAAGGGUGAGUGUGAGGAGGAGGAGGGGGAAGAGGGCCGGGGAUGAGUCGGUGGGUGGGUUUAACGCGACGCUUAUGGUGGGGUUGUUGAUCUAUGGCGCUGGUACGAUCAUGUUCUGGCCCGGGCGGUGGUGGGCGCGUACCGUGGGUUCAUGGCGAGUACUUUUGGUGGUUGGCUUCGGGCUGGCCGUGCUCGAGACGGCCGCCAACCCCUUUCUGGUGCUGUGCGGCCCGCCCGAGUACGCCGAUGCGCGUCUGCUCCUCGCCCAGGGCGUCCAGGGCGUCGGCAGCGUGCUGAGCGGCCUGCUCGCGGACCGCGUCUUCUUCGUCGGACGCCUCGAGGGCCCCGCCGGCACCGUCAACUCCACCACGCUGAUCGACGUGCAAUGGACCUACCUCUCCGUCACGCUCCUCUCGGUCCUCCUCGCCCUCCUCUUCUACUACAUGCCGCUGCCCGAAGUAAGCGACGCCGAGCUGGCCGAGCUAGCCUCCCGCUCCCCAGUCGACCCCGCCCAAAAGUCCAUCGGCAACAUCUCUCUCCGCACCUGGACCGUCGGCCUCGCCGUGUUCGCCCAAUGGUGCUACGUGUCCGCCCAAGAAAACAUGUCCCUCUUCGUCGAGCAGCUCAUCACCUCCUUCACCACCAACCCCAGCGCCGCGCUCGCCGCCCCCGAAACCAGCCUCGACCCCUCCACCGGCCUCGCCCUCUCCCUCCCCAACUACCUCCUGAUCGCACACACCGCCUUUGCCCUCUCCCGCUUCCUAGCCGGCUUCCUCUGUCUGGCACGCGCCCACCUCUCCCAACCCCACCGCCCUUCCCCCUCCCACCUCCUCCGUUACCUCCCCACCCCGCGAACCCUCCUCCUCCUCUGCACGCUCACGGCCGCCGUCUCCGCGCUCACCACGGCCGCUCAACACUCGGCGCAAAAGAUCUACAAAACGGCGCAAUGCCAGACCAUAAACCAUGUUAGCAGCAAAUGCAUAUGUAUGUUUUUACAUGUUGCUGGUGGAGGAAGGCGUCUUUCCGGGCCUUUUCAUCGUGGUUAUGGCGCAGAAGGUUCUGCUGUUGGGCUAUCAAGUCCCCCGGGGGUGGCUGGUCAUAUUGUGGGGGGGGGGGGGGGGGAUGUGGAGGGUGGUGGUGGUGGUAGUAGUAGUGGUGGUGGUGGUGGUGGCGGAGAGGCGGGAGGUGGUUUAUCUGGGGGUGGUCAGGGUCAGGGUCAGGGGGGGAAGGGUGGUAGUUUGCUUGGGGAAAGGUUGAGCCCGGGUUGGCCUGGCUCGAGGAUGUCGUUGGCUCCUGAUGUUGGGCCUAGUCGGCGGUUGAGUAGUCAGGAUCGCCACUCGCAACAGCAGCAACAGCAGCAGCCACAGGAGGUGGCUCCUUGGGAAAACCAGGUUUUGGAUACAAAAAUAUUGGAGGACUUGAGAUGA